AUGGUACAUCAACUCAUGAGGAAAAGUAAUCAUCACCUGAUCUGGUCCUACAAACGCAACCUCACGAACGACAACCGGUUCGCGAGUGUCGCCAAAAAGGAACGGGUGUUGAGUCCGAGCGCUAAUCUCAUGUCGUGUCUCAUCGAGCUAUUGGUUCCCGAGACGGACGUCGAGUGCAAGAAUUUUUUGACAAAAAUGGAGUUAAUUAUAUUCAUUUACCGACUUUUGUGCCAACACAUCGACGACUUGAAGUGCAGCCGCUUUGACACGAACUCGGAGUCGACUCACACUCAGGGCGAGACCAUUGAGUGUCUGGAGAAGUCGGAGGACAGGUUGUCGCCCAAAUGCAAGCACCAGAUCCUGAGGAUCGCUGAACUACAGAGCGAUGACUUUCAUUUGGAUCGCGGCCUGUAUUUCGCGUGUCGUGACGAUAGGGAGAAGUUCUGCCAUCGGAUCCAAUCGGGCGACGGACGCGUCUAUCGGUGUCUUAUGAAACACAAACUCGAACGCGAUCUGAGCCGCGGCUGUCGCGAGAAGCUUAUCCAGAGGGAGACUUUGGCCGUCAGGGACUACAAAGUGGCGCACGGAUUGGCCAAAGCCUGCAAACAGGACAUCAGGACCUAUCGGUGCAGAGAAGACACCUCCGACCACAAAGAGAUAAGACUCGCGCAGAUAUUGCGCUGUUUGAAGAACGCCGUGACGAAGAACCUGGUGAUCGACCCCCAGUGCAAGACUGAAAUGCUGUCACAUCGACGCAGUCUUCUUCACAACUAUAAAUUAACUCCAGAUCUAAUA